AUGCCAUCCGUGGCCGCGGAGCCCCCUCUCUCCGUGCUCUCCAACGGGACCAACUCCUCGUUCGAUGGGCCUCCGCGCAAGUCCCACGACAAAACCAUCAGCGGCGUCUUUACAUAUACCAACGGUGCCGACGUGGAAACGGGUCGAUCCGAUCACAGGCUGGAUCAGCUCAAGAACUUCCGGAACAAUAGCCAUGGCUCCAUGACCAACGGUGUUCCCAAUGGUAAUGGCAAUGGCAAUAUCAAGGCUCCGCGAGACCGGGCGCAUUCGAAAGCUGGCAGCACACAUUCGCUAGCUAGUGUGCAGGGGAGGAAUAUCGAAAACGGCUCCAAGGCCGCCGCCUCUGCGGAUGGGUUCUCCAAGCUCUCCAGUGUUGAGAACGCUACAGAUGAGGUGCCUGAUGGUGCUGCGGUCUCCCCGGGCAGGCAAACGCCAGACCACCUCAGACUGAAAACGAAUUCUGCCCCAGCUGCACCCGAGCACGACCCUUCACAUAUGGUCACCGCUUCGACGGUUCCAGAUUCACCGCGAUCGGAUGGACUGAUGCUCUCGGCUCGCGCACCGCCGCCCGCGCUAUCUCGAUUUUCCACCCCCGCGGCAAUGUCACCUGGCGCUGCGAUCCAGGACCGCUAUCCCGACUUGGUGCAGCCUUCAGAAGCGCCGAAACUGACGCACCGCCAUACGCUCCAAGUGCCCAAAGCGAACGUUACGACCGGUCGGACGUCGCGCGACUUUUCCUUCUCUGCGGGGCCCUCGGAGGAAGCUCUGUCAACCACCGGUCGCUUUUCGCCUACACGAGACCAAUACGAUACGUCAAUAACGCGGAACAGGAGGGCUUCUCUUGGACUGGUGCGGCGCACGACUCGGUCGAUGCAGUCCGACGUCCAUCUAGACGAGGUGCCUCCGGACGACGACGCGGCGCGGUGGACGGAAUUGAUUAAACAGAAAAGAGCGAGCAGACGGAAAAAGAGGGAGGAGGAUGAUGAUGACCGCGUCAUCGUUGGCAAGAAGGUAGAGGAGGGCCACGUCAAUUGGGUGACCGCGUACAACAUGUUGACGGGGAUUCGAUUCACGGUGUCGAGAACGAACGCAAAGAUGGACCGGGAGUUGACGGACGCCGACUUUACCGCCAAGCACAAAUUCAGUUUCGAUAUCACCGGGAAUGAACUGACGCCGAGCGCAAAGUACGACUUCAAAUUCAAGGAUUACAGUCCUUGGGUGUUCCGGCAUCUCCGAGCCAUCUUCGGCCUCGACCCGGCCGAUUACCUCGUCAGUCUGACCAGCAAGUACAUCCUGUCUGAACUGGGCAGUCCGGGCAAAUCGGGGUCAUUCUUCUACUUCUCUCGCGACUACAAAUACAUCAUCAAGACCAUCCACCACGCCGAACACAAGCUUCUGAGAAAGAUCCUGCGGGAUUACUACCGCCAUGUCGUGGACAACCCGAACACGCUGAUCAGUCAAUUCUACGGCUUGCAUCGGGUCAAGAUCCCCUACGGCCGGAAGAUUCAUUUCGUCGUGAUGAACAAUCUCUUCCCGCCUCAUCGCGAUAUCCACCAGAUGUUCGACCUCAAGGGUUCGACGAUUGGCCGGGACUUCCGAGAAGAGGAGCUGGCCAAGAACCCGCGGGCGACCUUGAAGGACCUCAACUGGUUGCGACGAGGCUUACAUCUGGAGUUUGACGCUCGGAUCCGGCAGAUCUUCCUCGACCAGUUGAGGAAGGACGUGGCGCUGUUGCAGAGGCUGGGGAUCAUGGACUAUUCUCUGUUGGUGGGCAUCCACGACCUGGGAAAGGGCAACGAGGAGAACCUUCGCGAAACGACGUUGCGGGUCUUCCAGCCCGGCGGCGAGAGAGACCGGGAUGAAUACAGCACGGCCAUGUUGACGCGGACGCCGUCCCGACUGGAGAGCGCUAGGAAAGCACGAGAGCUGAGAUUGACUCUGAAAAAGGAGAAGCCUGUGCCCAUGGGCCAUUCCAGCACCAGAAUGCCGUCCGAGAUGUCUUCGGCGGACGAAAGGCGGGAUCGCAUCUUUUACAGCUACGACGGUGGCAUCCGGGCGACGCAUGAGGAUGGCUCAGGUGGUGAUAAGAUAUACUACCUGGGCGUCAUUGACUGUUUGACUCACUAUGGUUUCAUCAAGCGAGUCGAACAUUUCUGGAAGGGUCUCUCGGCUCCAAGUACACAAAUCUCGCCCAUACCUCCGGUGGGAUAUGGUGAGCGGUUCCUCAAUUUCAUUACCGGAAUCACCAUGACGCAGGAGGAGGUUGAGCGUCGGGCAACCCAAGAGAGUUAUCGUACAGCAGAGCGGCCACAGACCUCAUCUGUGGAAAACCUCGGUCAAGCGUCCACAGCAGCGAACGCGGGGAGCCAAGGUGGUGGCCAUCAUCAUCAACCGGAGUCUACGGAGAUGUUCCCGGCCUUCAAUCCCGCGGUGGAGAAGACGAUGCGAAAGGCUUUCAAACAAGCCGACAAAGCCACGCCCCCGGAAAAGGGGCGGAGGAAGAGUGAGGAAGAAAAGCCCGAACGGAUUCUCCGGACGGUGGAAGAGCCAAAGACCUCGGCUCUGUUGCCGGUGGUCUCGGAGGCCGGAGAGAAUGGAGAGCCUGGCAGCGAGAAACGCUUCCGGUCUUCAACGGAACCAGAAGAAAAUGAAAAGGUCGGAUUUUCCGAGGCGGGCCCCUCGGCUGCCCCUGCGACCAACUUCUCGAUACCUGGGCUCCGCAAGGUCUCGCCGUCCACGGUGGGCACGGCGACUGACUGGCAAGAAGAUGACACAAGUAUGUCGAGUCCAUCACAUGCCAUCGACGCGGAAUACUACCUGUCGUCGCAACAAGAGGACCACUAUGACGACCGUAACGACGAGGGUGAGGGUGAUGGUGAUGGUGACCAUGAUGGUGAUUCCGGCAUCGACUAUUUCGGUUCCGAAAAGCGCACGAGAGACAAACCGCCCCGGCUCGCGAGUGAUUUGAUCCUACCUCAGUCGCCGCUUGGCGAGACGCUUAUGAAAUCUCUCGACGAGUUGAGUUCAGAGCGGAAAUGA